GGUUCCGACAUACAAACAUGGCGUCCGCAAUGCUGAAGGUUGCAGUGGCAGGGCUAUCCAGAUGUUCUCGCCUCACACUCCUGAGGACGUAUUCAACAAAACCACCCCUCCACCAGAGCCUUCCUGGGUCACUCUGGAAGCUUGGGAGGCUAAACCACAUUGCCAUCGCUGUCCCUGACAUGGAGAAGGCCACGGCUCUGUAUCGGGACGUGCUGGGGGCCACAGUAAGUGAGCAGGUGCCCCUGCCCGAGCACGGCGUCUACACAGUGUUUGUGGAGCUCGGGAACACUAAGCUGGAGCUGCUCCAUCCUCUGGGGGAGAAGAGCCCGAUCGCUGGCUUCUUACUGAAGAACAAAUCUGGAGGGAUGCACCACAUUUGUAUUGAGGUAGACAACAUUAACAAUGCAAUAGCAGACCUGAAAGCAAAGAACAUCAGAACUCUGUCAGCAGAGCCCCGGAUAGGUGCUCACGGGAAACCGGUGAUGUUCCUCCAUCCUAAAGACUGUGACGGUGUGCUGGUGGAGCUUGAAGAAGCCUGAACACCUCAGUCUGGCAGGAAAUGUGGGAGCUGUUAAUUCACAUUUAUAUAUUCCAGUCAGUUUUCUGACAAAUGUUGAUUUUGUAAUAUUGUUUUUUGUAUAAAUUUCGAUCUCAAGUUGCCUUAAA